AUGGAGUACAACGAGCAGAAGUUGAUAAAGAAGAAAACGAAAUACGCAAACGAAUCAAACUAUUUAGCGUUGGGAGAAACAUGCAUGCAGCUCGGUGAAUGGUAUAAAGAUCGUGAAGAGCAUCAGCGCGCCCUCAACGAAUACAAACUAGCGGCCAAAGCGUAUGAAAAGAUAAACAAACCGAUGGAUCGAGGGCUUGCGUUCAGGAUGGUUGGGGAGAUGCAUUCCACGUUGGGUCAGUACAAGGAAGCACUGCUCAAUGUACAGGCCUAUAUGCGAGCCGCUCUGAGGGAAGCCAAUACCAAAGCUUUGCAAGAAGCACACACCACCAUGGGUCGAGUUUAUUUGCAGCGGGCCGAAUCCUUCCAGCGACAGGGCAAAACAUCCGAUGCAGAGUCAGAUUUAGCCGAGGCUGAUCGAUCGUUUCGUACGGCGCUUUCGAUUUGUGACGAACUGAAACGAAUUCUGCCUAAAACCGAGCUGAUCAACAUGCAGGCCAGGGCUCAUCUGAACCUCGGUAUUACAUUAGACAAUCAGAAUCAAAUGGGCCCAGCGAAGGAAAAUAUGGAACGAGCGAUUCGACUUGCGAAGGAGGCCGAUCUGUUUGACCUUCUCUAUACCUGCUACAACGCGAUGGCGCUCUCUAGCUCACGAUGGGAAAUUAACGAUUCCACCGACGGUGAUCAUUGUGGACAAACGUUACGCUUGUUGAACCUCAGCCUUGAGGUAGCGUCUCGUCUUACCGGGCGUGCUACGAAAAUGUGCCAAACGUUAAUGCUGAUGGGAACGUUUUUCCUCAAGAUGGACGAUUUUCAAAGCGCCCGCCAAACACUGAAGCGGGCCUACCGGCUUAAGACACCUGUUGCGAGCGAUGCAAAAUGGAUACAGCAGAAGCUUAAAGUACUCAUCGCUAUGUGCCGUAUGGAGGAUGAAUUGAUAACGAUCGAUGCUUCAAACUAUGUGCGCCGCAAGGAGCUGUACGAACGCAUGGGCGACGGUGCAUGUAAGUUGCGUAAUUUCAGCAAAGCUAUCGAUUAUUACAAACUAAUGCUGCAAAAUGCCGAAGCAAACGGUGAAACCGAUCGACAGUUAAUACCGUGCUACGUGAGUCUGUAUCAAACGUACAUUGAUAACCGGCAGUAUGAGGAGGCGCUAGGGUAUCUCUGGAAGGAGCACAACAUCAUAAACAAUGAACCGCAGGAAGCGUAUUACACGUUGAUGAAAAUUGGCAAGCUAUACGAACGUCAGAAGAAAUCAUUUUUCGAGAUCCAGAACAUUUACCUGCAGGCGAAAGGUGAGGCACGGAAGCUUAAUUCGAUCGAACUGCAACGUGCGGCAGUGCAGCGUGCGGUUAAGGUAUUACGGGGCUGUUGUAUGGAUUUAAUGGCGGACAAUCUGGAACAGGAAGCAUUGGGUGAAGGCAUCGAUAUAUCGAAUGUCGCUGAACCUGAUAGUGAAGAUUUGCUGGAUCAACAUCAAACAAAUGAUCUUAUAGAUUACGAUGUUGAGGAAGAUGAGGAAGAGGAUGCAGAACGUGACACACCAAAUGUGGGGGAUGAAAUCGAUCUUAACGUCGAUCUUACCGAUGAUUCCGACGGUGAUCCUGCUCUUACCAUAGGGGAAGAUUUAAACAAAUCCACAACGGGUGAAACUUCGAAAACCCGAAAACGGGGUAAACGAUUUGCGGUCCGACGUAACAAGAAGGGAGAAACACAGCUACAUCAAGCUGCCAUCUCCGGCAAUAAAGCUCUCGCCGAACAACUGCUCCAGCUAGGGCAUCCGGUGAAUGAACGUGACUUUGCCGGAUGGCUCCCACUCCACGAAGCCUGUAUACACGGGUAUUCCGAAAUCGUCACACUGCUACUCGAUCGUGGAGCACAUAUAAACGAUAAGGGUGGUACUAGUUGCGAAGGCAUUACACCACUGCACGACGCCUGCCGUAAUGGACAUUUGGACGUGAUCACGGUACUGCUUGAUCGUGGAGCUAAUGCGACGCAGCGUAAUGAUUACGGCGAAACUGCACUGAACAUGCUGGAUGGAUGGUACAAAAAACUUAAGGUGCCUCUAACAUCCUCCGAAAUGAGUCAUUACCAGCGUAUUAAAAACGAACUGGUAGCACAGUUUGAUGCCGCUGCAAUCCCAAUAUCGCCACCUACGACAUCGGUAAGAUCGACCGGUAAAGCUUCUGCUGAUAAAAGACCAUUACGGCAGCAUCGAUCUGACGAAAAGUUCGAAGCAUCGCUUUCUUCAUCACUUACUUCACCAUCGAGAUCGAGCCUGCAAACAUUGAAAGCGAGCAGGAGCUCUUCUGGAUAUGUGAGCGAGGUCGGUUUAUCAUUGCGGCACCGCAACGUCAUAUACGAUGACGAUAACGAUCGAUCUACUAGUGGUGAAGAAUCUCCAAGCGAAGACACAUACGGGAGCGCGAAGAAACACAAAUCUCACAAAGCAGCUGGCGUAGUGGAGUAUCGCAGCGUGAUGAACGCGAUGCGAAAGCAUCGGCUCGAUAAUGAACAAUCACCAACGCGUGCUACCCCUCAGAAGAAGCGCCAAGCACCCCGAUUUGCUGAUGAGGAAGAAGAAAUCGACCAUUGGCUUAUCGACGAUAUGAAACAGACGACGAAAAAGAGUCGCAUGAAUCGUGAUCGUGAAUCCGUCGAAGAUGGAUUGGAAAAACGUAAUUCGUUUUCCAUUUCAACAAAUACCGUCGAACCUAUGAGUGAUUGCGAAACAACACGUUACUGCGUAUCGCUCGACUCGGACAGUGACGAUCUGUUUGAGGAACAAGCACUUGAGCUGGACCACGAUCAAGCCAAACGUUCGCAGCAAAACAAUGAUAAACAGAGUGCCUUCGCUGUUAUCAUGAGCAAUUCGGCAAAAAGCUUUCGGCGAACACAAUCUCGACGCAACUCGCAUGAAUCGCGCUCUUCCUCGUUCGGUCGACAAUCCUCGGUCUAUCAGUCAUCCCUUCUUGAUGCUGGUUUUGAGCGAAUAUCUAGUCCCACGCUAGAAGAAAAGGAAAAUUUCGUACCACAGGAAUGUAAUUCACGAACGCCAAUAAAACAAUCGCUAGAAUUACUCACUCCAACUGUGCCUUUGGAGCAGGAACGUUUUAUAAAGGUGAUCCUCGAUAAUGGAGAAACGUACACUAUUCAGUAUGACGAGCAGUUGAAUUCAUCGCCACACCCGGUUGAAUGGCUAGCGAAUGCGGUUGCCAAACAGUACAUUAUAAAUCACGGUAAACAGCCAUUAAUUAAACUGAGAGCAGUUGAAGGUUUAGGACCAUCGGUAAAUUCAUGUUUAAAUUCCGAUACCUUGCAUAAGCUGUUACAAACAGGUUCAACUGAAAGCACUACCGUUUACGGUGAUAUUUACGGCCAGGAACACGUUGAUUUGGUACCAUUUUUUGAAAAUUAUUGUACAGAACAUAAACUUGUGAAUGAUACUAAUUUACGCAAUCGUCUUAAGAUGAUGGAUCGAAAUCAUUCCAUCAUCCUGGAAAAUGAUUUUGCCUUCAACAUAUCGUCCCUAGCAGAGAAGCAUGUAAUGUCCAUUGUGCUUAUGGUGGCAUUUUUUCAGCAAGACUGGCUGAAGCGGUUAGACCUCUCCAUGAAUAGCAUCACGGACGAUGAUGUUGCCACGCUUGUCCGGUAUCUGCCAUCCUGCCGGCAGCUGCGUAUUUUACAGCUGGCGGGAAAUAUGCUCACUAGUAAAAGUGUGGAAAUGCUUUGCUUUGGGUGUAGGAACGCUUCGGAGAUGGCCACCAAUGGAACAAGCACCAAUCCCGCUGCCAUCGGAGGCGGUCUAUUAGCCAGGCUAGAUCUAAGCAGCAACCCAUUGGAAGACGAUGCAUUGGUUCCGCUAAGCCGGUUGUGUAGCAAUUUACCAUUCCUUCGAUUUUUACGCAUUCGCUCAACGGAGGUAACAAACUUCAACCCCACCAUCUUCCCGACCGCCCAGCUUAAUCGUUUGGAAACGUUUGACAUUUCCGACAACAAGCUCACAGAGCGUUCCGUGCAAUGUCUUUUAGAGCAAUUAGCUGAGGGCAACCUGCGUGAAGCGUAUCUCACGUCGCUACCUGUACAUUGUAUCAAUAUGAAACCUAAACUGUGGCAAACACUGUCCCAGAAUCGGAUGAAUGAAUUACGCAUACUCAACCUGGGCAACUGUCGGCUGACGGACGACGAAAUAGAAACCACACUUUUACCCGCCAUCGGGCGAAACUGUGCAUCGCUAGCGCAGUUGGAUCUAUCGCACAAUAUCAGUCUGACGAAACGUUCCUUUCUGGCCAUCUUCCGGCACUGUGCCAGUGCCGUGUUUGAACUGAAGGAAGUAAACUUUCACCACGACAUAGAGCUGUGGGUAGAUAUGGAAACGUUCGAUUCCACGAAUCAAUUGCUAGAGUUAAUCGAGUACAGCCCGACUGUGUGUUAUCCUACACAAAUAUACGCCACCCUACCGGUGUGUCCUGCUUACAGUGCAGAACGAUGCGAAAAGUUGCUUGCAGCGAUGGAACACUUUUGGUGUUCGUUACGACCAUCGAGUAAAUCAUGCAUGAAAAGGCACGCAAAUACUCUGCACAUAACGCUUAGCGUUGGUUCAGAACAGGUAGCCCAGGUCUAA